AUGACGCCGCUCUUCCCUGCUCCACCUGGUAAUUAACCCCGAACCACACCUUUCGUCUUAUAUCCGCAUUCUUUCGUGUCUGUUGCGUUCGCUUGGAUGGGAGUACGAUAUCUCUACCAGCUACUCCUGUCUUGAUAUUGUGUUACAAUGCUCUUCUGGAAGGAGACUGGCCAACAGCUUCGGCUGGCCGGAGCAAGGAUAAGCUCGGUCAACCGGCUUGCCCUGCGACGAAAUUUCAACGGGCACGCCUUGCAAAGACAAGCUACAAAUUCCAGACAAGGGCUACCGAGGAACACGCAACUUCAGAGCUUCGUGCGAUCCCGGCGACGGUUCUCCGUGACUUCCGCCGCUGCACAUGGCCACAUCACUCCGCCACGACCUGGCGAGGAAAUAAACGUGACGUUCAUUGACAAGGACGGCGAGAAAUACGACUUCCAGGUGUCGGAAGGCGACAAUUUGCUGGAUAUUGCGCAGGCUAAUGACCUGGAAAUGGAGGGAUCUUGCGCAUGCUCGACCUGCCACGUUAUUGUCGAAGACCCCAACCUCUACGACCGAAUGCCUGAGCCCGAUGACGACGAAAACGAUAUGCUAGAUCUCGCCUUUGGCUUGACCGAGACAUCGCGCCUGGGAUGUCAAGUGAAAAUGACCAAGGACCUGGACGGUCUGGUGGUGAAGCUACCGUCUAUGACAAGAAACAUGCAGGCGAGCGAUUUCACCGACAAGAAAUGAAAAUACGCAGCAUAUUCUGUACUAUUUACUUGAAGUUUCAGUUCAGCUCUCUACUCUGGUAAUGGCUUAUCAGCGAUUUGUAUAAAUAGACCAAAA